UGGAGAAGUGGCCGGGCAGGCUGAAGGUGAAGAACGCUUAAUUGAAGUGAUGGUGACAGUGUUUUCACUUACAGCAAAAUGCACUUUCUUGUGAAGGCCAUUACUGUUUUACAGUUUUAAUUUAAAAAAUGCGAGGAAAGGAGGACGAAUACUGCGAAGUCUGAGUCCGUUUCCUCGGGCAACAGUAGCUACCGUUAGCCUUUUUCUUCGCUAGACUCUGAGGGCUUGCAGAACAACAUGGGAAAUUUCAAAGGCCAUGCUCUACCUGGCAGCUUCUUUCUGAUCGCUGGUUUGUGGUGGACAGUGAAGUACUCAUUGUGGUACGCUACUCGCAGGAACAAAAGUGCAGGUGCAGGGAGGAUCGCCACACGAGCCUUGCAACACCGUCUAGAAAUCAUCGAGGGAGCUGUAAUCCUCUCCUUUUCCGUUAUUGGUAUACUAGGAGAACAGCUUGCCACAGGUGGGCCAAAGUUCCACUUGUAUGACUCCUCCACUCAGCACUGGGACAAGCUGAUGAACUGGCAGCACACAACCAUGUACUUGUUCUUCGCCCUGGCAGGGGUUACCUCGCUUACCGUCCACAGCACAGAUGGAGCACCUUUGGCUUUAGACCGUUUACUCCUGGGCCUUGCUUUUUUCAAUGAAGGAUUCUUAUUCCUCUAUCACCUCCAUGGCAGAGACAUGCUGGAUGUCCAUGUCCACAUGCUUCUGUUGUACGCAGUAUUCGGAGGGGCUAUUAUCUGCUUCCUGGAGGUCUUCCACAGAGGAAACAUCCUGCUGGAGCUGCUGCGCGCUGCUCUGUGCGUGCUUCAGGGCAGCUGGUUCUGGCAGAUUGCCUUUGUGCUGUACCCCCCCAGUGAGGUGCAGUGGGAUUUGUCAGACCACAACAACAUGAUGUUCAUUACCAUGUGUUACAGCUGGCACCUAGCUUUCGCCCUGCUCACUGUUGCUGUAGCACACACCAUUGUUCUAUGUGCGGUACGUUCUAAACUCAGAAGAAUGCCACCGAUGGAGAUGGGUCUCCUGAAACCACGGGAAAGAGAAGGAGAUUCUGAAGAUGAGGUGUUCUAAGCAUUUGGUGUCCAUAUGCAACCUUCGAUCUUUAUUUUCAGCGAAGACAAGCAAGCUAACCUUGCAGAAUGGUGUGAUAAGACACUGACAGACUUGACUUGGGCCUGUUUCAGGUCACUAUGGUGAGGGGCUGGAGGCAAGUACAGGUGGCCAUCAGCUCAUCUCCAGCUAAUACUGCCAUGAUGAUUUGUCUAGUUCUGGUUUAUUUUAUGUUUAAACAAAAUCGCCUCACCACGUGUGUCUUUUAAUUGUUGUCUUUAAAUCGACUCUGGGGCAAACAUUCCUUUUCACAGAGAAGAUAAAAAUGCUUAAUAUUUUCGUAUUUGCCAUUUUUAUUUAGUACAGGAAGCCAUGAAAAUGAAUUAUUGGUUUCUUUAGUUCAUAGAUGUGAACUUUAUACAGUAUUGUUAUAAUAAUGUAUAAUGGAAUGCUAUUCUUUGAUACAUAUGUUUGCACCUGUGACUCUAACAGAAAGUUUUGAUAAUGACACAUCAUUAGUGCCUUUGACAUUUAAGGAAAGAGCUCAUUAGGCUUUUAAUGGAAGUUGGGGCCUUUGCUGACCUGCACAGCUGUGGAGUCUUUUUUGUGAUCUGUGGAUUCAGGGUUGCAGAUUGCUGAGGUGAAUUUUGAUCAUACUCACUUUUGCAGGCAAAAAAACACACAAUGGGGUUUAGCUGCUGCUGAUGUGACUUUAGUUCAGGAUCCAUGUAGGAGUUUAAUCCAUAUUACAAAGGAAAUUAUUUCACUAGGAAAUUCAGAGGUCUGUUGGCGAGUGGAAGACAAUUCUACUGCCAGUGCUGUAGCUUUGUAGUCUUAUUGAGGAAAGUGCAAUCUUGGAGAAGCCUUGAAUUACAGCAUAUUAUGUAUUUAUUGCUUCAAACAUGCCUUAGUAUAUGUAUUAAACAUAAUGCACAUUUCAACAUUUUGAAAUUGCUCUUUUAUAUUUAUCGUAUGUAUUUGAUCUUUUUGGAUCUUUUUUUAUCAUGCAUGUGAUUUAUUAGUUUAUCCAUGAAACAUAUCUCUAUUAUUAAACAUUGUCUUUGAUACCUUUAUUAUUUUAUAGUAGCUGUGUUGAUGAAAACAUAUUGAGUGUGAAAAUGGAUUGUGAGACGAGCUGUAUUUAUCAAAUAGGUGAUGCCAGCAACAAAUCCGUAUUAAAAAAGACUAAGGAUCUUCAUUAAUCAGCCUCCUUAACAUGCCACCGCAUGGCCAUUGAAAAUAUGUCAGGAGCAUAGCUCUUUAGUUCUAAAAAGGUAUACACACACACACACACAGCAGUCAUUGGGCGGAAGGCUCUAAAAAGUUAAUGAAGGUCAUAUCUUAUUUUGUUUGAUUAGAAGUAUUCACUUCUGUAAUGUUGGUCAUGAAGUAACUGUCAGAUACCCUAGAAAGGCUGGGUAAAAAUCAUGCAAUCUCAAAUCUUACAUCAGUGUUUGAUUUUCAGCUAAUCUCUUGGAAUAAAAUAGACAUUAAUGCCA